CAAAAUCUUAUCGAGUCUUCUUUUUUUCUCUCUCUUUUUUGUAAAAUUCUGGAAUCUGUUUCUCUUUCCUUCUCGAUACACUUUUGAAUCGGAUCUCUGAUACACUUCCUUUGAGCUCGAAACUCCUCAAAGUCGUACCUGGUGAGAAUCAAGACUUAUGGAAGUGUUAUCGCUUGACUCACUACCGGUGGGUUUCAGAUUCAGUCCAACGGACGAGGAGUUAGUCCGUUACUACCUCCGUCAAAAGAUCAACGGCCGUGAUGACGACGUCAGAGUGAUCCGUGCCAUCGAUAUCUGCAAAAUGGAACCAUGGGAUCUACCUGAUUUGUCUGUGGUGAAGACAACAGACUCAGAGUGGCUCUUCUUCUGUCCGCUUGACCGGAAGUAUCCGAGCGGGGGCAGGAUGAAUCGAGCCACCGUUGCUGGAUACUGGAAGGCGACUGGGAAAGACCGGAUGGUCAAAUCAGGCAACAGCAAGAAGAUCAUAGGCGUUAAGAGGACUCUUGUGUUCUACAAAGGUCGUGCUCCUAAAGGUACAAGAACCUGUUGGAUUAUGCACGAGUAUCGCGCAACCGAGAAGGAUCUUGAUGGAACUAAUCCUGGCCAGAACCCAUUUGUCAUAUGCAAAUUGUUUAAAAAACAAGAUGUUGUGCUUCCAGAAGAUGCUGUAAAGUCAUGUGAAGUCGAACCAGCAGUCUCAUCUCCAACUGAAGUGUCUGAGGUUUCUCUGGCUUUCCCUAAAACCGAAGAGACAAAGCCUUCUUCUGAUGUCGCGGAAUCUUCUCUUGCAGUCUCUGGCGAGUGUCAGAGUGAAAUCUCUGCUCCUGAGGUUACAACCUCCGAUCAGCUUGACAAUAUCGAUUGGACCUCAUAUUUGGAGUUGGAGACUUCGGAUUACGAUAUUUUCUCUCCGUUGCAAUCUGAGCUUGGAUCCUCUUUCAACGGUUUUCAAUCCGGAGUAACCGAGCUGUUCAGUAACCAGAAUGGGGCUCAUGUUCAGACUCAGUACGCUUCAAACGAGACCGACCAAUCUAUGUUUGAGCUCUUGGAUUCGGUUCUUGAGUUUCCUUACGAGUUUCCAGAGCAGAAACAUGUAGUAGUGCAGCCGACGCCAGAACAGAUUACAUAUGAGCCGCGUAGUCUUGUCAACACAAGCAACAACAAGAUAAGUAGCAAUGCGUCUGAAACAGGAAUCAAGAUUAGGGCACGACGGGCGCAAGCCCCUGGUGGUGGUGCCGAGCAGUUUGCAAUGCAGGGCGUGCCUGAAACAGGAAUCAAGAUUAAGGCACGACGGGCGCAAGCCUCUGGUGGUGGUGCUGAGCAGUUUGCAAUGCAGGGCAAUGCGGCGAGAAGGCUGCGUCUUCAGAUUAACCAUAACAGUAUCGAGCAAGAGGUCAAGGAUACAGAUGAGGAAACUAUAACGAAGGGGUGUGGAAGUUUCAUGAGAUGGAAGAGCAGCAUAUUCGAGAAGGUUGCAGCUAUGGGAGGUUCAUACAGAGGGCUUUUCAAAGCGGGGGUGGUUGCGGUUGUGUUUGCUAUUUCGGUUUGCAGUCUAACCGGAAAAUUCGGCUGAAGCUUAGACUUGUUGGUCAAUUCUAUAAAAUAAGGAAGGUCUUUUCUUUUUUUCUUUUUUUUUAUCUGGUUGAGUGGGCGGGUGGUUUGUAUGUAUGGGACUUGGCCUCGUUCUGCAUCUGUUUUUGUUGAUGUUGCUGUUGUUGUUAUCGUUGGUUUAAGCUUAACAAAGACCGGUUUAGGAGGGUAGUAGUUUAACUUGUAUGGAUCAUAAUUUAUAGUUGUUAUGUUUUACAUGUAUGAGGGAGCCUUGAGCUUUUGGAAA